CAUGUUGUUGAGAUUAGACCUCAAACCGGGGAAAGAGGAAGAGGAAGAGUCAGAGACAGUCGCGGUGACAGAGCGGUGAAAUGGCAGGAGUUCAGCUGCAGAGAGAAACCUUGUCUUGUUCCAUCUGUUUGGAUCUUCUGAAGGAUCCGCUGGCUCUUACCUGUGGACACAGCUUCUGUAUGAACUGUAUUAAAGACCACUGGGACUCAGAGGAUGAGAAGAGGAUCUACAGCUGCCCUGAGUGUAGAGAGAUCUUCAUGCCGAGGCCUAAACUGUUAAAAAACGUCAUGUUAGCAGAUUUAGUGGAGGAGCUGAAGAAGACCAGACUCCACGCUGCUCCUGCUGAUCACUGCUAUGCUGGAGCUGAAGAUGUGGCCUGUGAUGUCUGCACUGGCAGGAAACUGAAAGCUCUCAAGUCCUGUUUGGUUUGUUUGGUCUCUUACUGUGAGGAACAUCUCCAGCCUCAUCAUCAAUCACCUGCAUUUAAGAAACACAAGCUGGUGGAGCCGUCCAAGAACCUCCAGGAGAACAUCUGCCCUCUUCACGAUGAGGUGAUGAAGAUGUUCUGUCGCACUGAUCAGCAGUGCAUCUGUUAUCUCUGCUCUGUGGACGAACAUAAAGACCACAACACGGUCACAGCUGCAGCAGAGAGGAAGCAGAAGCAGAGAGAGCUGGAUCUGAGUCAAGAAGAAGUCCAGAGAGUCCAGGACAUAGACAGAGACGUGAAGGUGCUUCAACAGGAGGAGGAGGCUCUCACUCUCUCUGCUGAUAAAGCUGUGAAGGACACAGACGAGAGCUUCACUGAGAUGAUGCGUCUCCUGCAGAGAAGAAGCUCUGACGUGAAGCAGCAGAUCAGAUCCAAGCAGGAAACCGAGGUGAGACGAGUCAAAGAUCUUCAGGAGAAACUUCAGCAGGAGCUCAAUGAGCUGAAGAAGAGAGAAGCUGAACUGAAGCAGCUCUCACUCACACAAGACCACAACCAGUUUCUCCUCAACUACCGCUCACUGUCAGCACUCAGUCCAUCGACACACUCGUCCACUGUCCACGUCCGUCCUCUGAGACACUUUGAGGAUGUGACAGAGGCUGUGGCAAACUUCAGAGGUCAACUGCAGGACGUCCUGACGGAGACAUGGACAAACAUCUCACUGGCUGUGGCUCGAGUAGAUGUUUUACUGACAGAACCAGAACCAGAACCAGAGACCAGAGCUGAAUUCCUCAGAUAUUCACAGGAAAUCAAACUGGAUCCAAACACAGUUCACACACGUCUGUUAUUAUCUGAGGGAAACAGAGAAGUGACAGUAAUGAAGGAAGUUCAGUCUUAUCCUCAUCACACAGACAGAUUCACUUAUGUGGGUCAGGUGAUGAGUAAACAGAGUCUGACUGGACGUUGUUACUGGGAGGUGGAGUGGAGCGGAGGAGGAGGAGUUUGUGUAGCAGUGACGUACAAGAACAUCAGCAGAUCAGGUUUAGAUGAAAGUAGAUUUGGAUUAAAUGUCAAAUCUUGGGCUUUAUAUUGUGACCACAACAGUUGUGAGUUUGUUCACAACAGCAUCUGGACUAAAGUCUCAGAUGUUAAAGUCUCCAGAGUUGGAGUUUACCUGGACCACAGAGCAGGUCUUCUGUCCUUCUACAGAGUCUCUGACACCAUGACUCUGCUCCACAGAGACCAGACCACGUUCACUCAGCCUCUCUAUGCUGGAGUUAGGCUUUAUUCUCUUUUACCUGGAACCACAGCUGAGUUGUGUGAACUCAAAUAGACUUGAGUUCUUUCAGGAGCAGUGAGUUAAACUCUGUGUUUAAAUCUUUAACUUCUCUGCGACAACAAGAACAUCAACAAAAAACUUUUUCCUCAGUUUUAUGUUUAAACACUUUAAAAAAAAAAAAAUCAUAAUACAGGAUUUAAAUGACCAUUAAUUACUAUAUAAUAUUUAAUUGUUUUGCAAAACUAAGGUGUUUUAAGGUGUUUAAGUGUUUAAGGGCUAUUUUAAGAGUUUAAUGCAAAGUUUCUUUUUUAAAUUAUUACAGGAAUAAAUACAGUUAAAGAUUCUAUAUCAAUUAUGGAUCAACUACUGAAGAUAUUUUCAAAAUAAAAUGUAAGUAAAAGUGAUUUCACUUUGUUUAA